GGAUGCUGCAAAUACAAUCAUUCCAAGUUAUUGGUAACGUUUGUGCUGUAUACAUCCAGCACUGAUCAUUAAAAAAGUAUUGUUGUUUUGAAAACAUUAAUAUUCAAAUAGAUCUCAAAUCUACUUUCUCGUUUUUACCAAACAGAGUAGUAAUCACAUGCUAGCUUCUCGAUCAUAGGAAAGUUGCCCGAAACCUUUGGAUUGUAGCAAUAGCUUGCAUUUGAGUAUUGAGAUAUUUCAGAUAUUUUGUAAAUGGUAUAGAAGAAAAAGUAAAAAUAAAAUAAAAUGUAAAAUAAUAUUAAAUAAUAAUACAAAAUAAUAAAUAAUAAAAAAUAAUAAUAAAAUAUACUCAGAAUACUCCACCGACUCUUAAAGCUGUCAUAAAAGACUGUACAACGUGUAUAUACGUAAUGUUGAUCAUGAGGUUGGCACAAAUUAUGUCAUUUUUUUAGCAAGUAAUCAGACAGAUACCAGGGAUAAAAAUUUAAGCUUUCCUUAUUUCUUUUGAUCUCUGACCAAUAUAUAAUAUAUAUUGGCAGGAACAAUAAUAUAUAUAUAUAUAUUUAACGCUAGUUCAUUAAUAAUAAGAACCCAGUUUGGCAGGACCAUCGUUGAAUAGUCAACAAUGACCAUAGAAAAUACAUUAUCCUAAUCAAUAAGAUUCUAAAGUGCAGGUAUCAUUUUAGUUUUCCCCCCGUCACAUGGGCAUGCGCAAAGUUCCAAUCUUUCUACAUAUGUAGUUAUAAAAUAAUAAUCUUCUUGUCGAUCAAGAAGAUAAGAAGUGGUAAAGGUAUGUAGUUUUCAAUACUCGAUGAGGGAUUAUCUUAAUUCAGUUCGCUCUUUUUGGUCACGAGGAGGAGGAGGAGCUCGCUUCUGUUGUACUGGUCCUUCCUCUGCUGCCUCUCCGGGAAAAAGAUGGGUUCCUGCCACCGUUUCCGCAUUCUUCUUUGUCAGCCUCUGCAUCAGCAUCUUCAUCUAUUGGAAUGACGUUUAUGACAUAGCAGGUAAUUACUUCUUUAGGGCUCCUCCGGGAACUACUCCUACCAGGCCCGCUAUCAAAAUCGACUUCCCAUUCAAUUGCUCCAACAGGGACCCAGCAAUAACAUGCCCAACAUUCAACCAGAGCGUGAGUACAUCUCAGACCGACAAAUCGUCUGCAGUGACAUGUCCCCAGUACACUCGGUGGAUCCAAGAAGAUCUACGGCCGUGGAAUAUGACGGGAAUCACGAGGGAAAUGGUGGACAGAGCAAGAGAUUUUGCAGAUUUUAGGGUGGUGAUUGUGAAGGGAAAGGUGUAUGUUGAGAGAUACCAAAAUGCGUACCAAACUAGGGAUGUUUUUACGAUAUGGGGGAUUGUGCAGCUUCUGAGGUUGUACCCUGGGAAAGUACCGGACUUGGACCUGAUGUUCUGGUGUGGAGACAUGCCGGCGAUCUCAAAGAGAAAACAUAAUCAUGUCAAGCAUCUGCCGCCGGUGUUUCAUUAUUGCGGAGAUGACAAAUCAUACGACAUCGUAUUCCCUGAUUGGUCCUAUUGGGGUUGGAUUGAGGUGAAUAUAAAGCCAUGGAUGAGUAUGGUGGAGACCUUAAGAGAAAGCAACAACAAGACCAAAUGGAAGGAUAGAGAGCCCUAUGCUUAUUGGAGAGGAAACCCAUACGUGUCUCGAAGAAGAAGAGAACUUUUGAAAUGCAAUAUUUCCAAGAAACAUGAAUGGAAUGCUCGCCUCUAUGGAGAAGACUGGGGUGUGGAACGUCAAGAAGGAUUCAAGCACUCCAAUCUAGAAGAUCAAUGCACCCACAGAUAUAAAAUAUACAUAGAAGGAGUGUCAUGGUCGGUGAGUGAGAAAUACAUAUUGGCAUGCGAUUCCAUGACCUUGCUAGUUGACCCCAAGUACUAUGACUUUUUCACACGAAGCUUGGUUUCAAAGACACACUACUGGCCGAUUAGAACCUCACGUAUGUGCAAAGAUGUUAAGUCUGCCGUUGAAUGGGGCAAUACCCACACUGACAAGGCACAAGCUAUUGCAGAAACGGCAAGCAAAUUCAUUCAAGAGGAUUUGAAAAUGGAAUUCGUGUACGAUUACAUGUUUCACCUGCUAAGUGAAUACGGAAAGCUCUUCAAAUAUCAACCGACAAUUCCUCCAGGAGCAGUUGAGGUAUGUUCGGAAACAACAUUGGCAUGUCCAGGGGAUGGUUUAUGGAGAAACUUCAUGGUGGACUCCAUGGUGACUUCCCCUAAGGCUACACUUCCAUGCACGAUUCCUAGUUAAGAUUAUUCAACGACUCUUGAAACUAUUCUUGUGAUCCGUGCAAAAUUUUGAAGAGACAAUAAUGGGAGUGAAGGCCGAUCAUGUGGCCGAUUGAGUAUACGUUGGCAAAAUCUAUAAUAACGGGUCUUUUUGUUUGUAUUUGUAUUUUUUAUAUUCUUGGGGCUCUAGAUUAAAUUUUGAAGAAAAAUCUAAAGACAAUGGGAAGUUUGAGCAGGAAAUCUGGCCUUUUUAAAGCUUGCAUGCAUAUACUUGAAGGGAAAAUAUUUGUGCA